CUGUCUUCACAGACCUUUACAACAACAAUGUUAACCCAUUUGUUUACAGAUUUCUGUUUUAUGUCUGGGAAGGGAUGAUAAUGUCAUAUGAAAGCCUCUAUUUAGACUGGACUUUGACUCUCAGUGAUGAACAUGUUAAAAGAAUACACUGGUGAGGAUUUAUCAGUUCUGCCGAAGUUAACUGCUACACUAAUGUAUCUAAAUGGGACUAUUUACGUCUAUGCAAAAUAAUGAGGAGGAAUGUAUUUUUAAUGAGGUUAGGUGCAUGGCAAAUAUGGCAAAGCUCAAAUCGUGGUUGGUCACCAGAGUAUGAUCAGUUUAGAUUUAAAUGCCAUUAUAUGAAGACUAAGGUGUUACUUUUGGUUUUGAUAAGUUUGUUGUUAUAACUCUUCUUAUAAUCCUAAAAUUGAAGUUGUACACAGUUGCUGAACUUUCUGGUUUCUUUGGUUUUCAAACUCAGUGUUUUAAAUACAUAAUUUGACAUGGUUAGGCAUGCUUGGUUUGAGCUGGUGUUGUUUGAAAUGUAAUUGAAAUAUUUAGAAUAUAUGUUUGAAUCAUUUUAGAUGAAUCGUUUUAUUAAAGCAUUUAUCUAUUCUUGAGAUCCCUUGUGAAUAAAUCACUUAUAAAAUAUACUUUGGAUGUUUAUACUGAUAUAUAUUGGAAUUUUGUAUUGAAUUUAUACUAAAACAUAGGAAUAUAUGCGUUCAGAAUGAUCAUACUUCAUAAACUGAUUCAAUGGCUUUUUGCAAGCCGCUAUAAAAGUGUCAAGUUAAUUCAUUGUUUGUAUGCAAUAGCCUUUCCUGAAUGUCAUCCCCAAACAGAUUCAGUGAGUUUACAGCUUUAAUGGUUUAACCGUCCAGUGCAUUUCAAGUGACAGAGUCAUGGCUGGAUGAGCUCAGCUUCCCGCAAAGCCCAAUUAUUCUGAAUCAUUUCACUAAAGGGUCCUGAUCUAAUGUACACACCAAGCGCAAAUAAGGCAAUGUGGGACCAUAUAAAUGGCAUCUUGCUGCAUUAAGUUCCCAUCCCUGCGGCUCAAAUCAGACCAAUUCAAGCUCUUAGAUGCACUUACCACCCAUCUAACGCCCCUUCCACACCCCCUUUCCCCCACCCUAUUCUGUGCUUUCCAAAUAAACACGAACCUUUUUGCAGAUACAAACUUCCUUAUUGUCUUCAUGUUAUUUCCUCACACAGAUUGGAGAGUGUUCAGCACUUUAUUUGAUUCAGGAGCGGCUAUUCCUCCAAAUGGAAUAAAGAGGGAAUAUUGGCAGCCAAUGGAGAGGCUAUGAAAAGGAGGCUUUAGUUAACUGAUCUAGGUGAGCUACAAAUUGAUCUGACAUGAUGGAGUUGACUGUGUCCAGCUUCGUCUCUUUGUUGGUCUACAUCUUGACCUUCUUGCUUGGACUUCCUGGCAAUCUCCUUGUUCUUUUCGUGUACAUCCGUAAGGCUCGAAAACAUGGUGCCACCCCCAAUGUAGUCUACGCUCUGAACCUGUGUGUGGCAAACCUGGCUCUAGUGUCGUGGAUGCCAGUCAAAGUGGCCGAGACGCUCCAUGGCUGGGCGCUUCCAGCUGUGGUUUGUCCCGUUUAUAGCUUCUUUCUGUUUUCUUCAGUCUACGGUAGUAGUUUGAUCCUCACAGCAGUCGUCGUGGGCCGGUAUCUGAGUAUCGCCUAUGCUAUAACUUACAAACUAUACCGCCGGUAGAGUACCUCUUGCCUGGUAAGCGCCAUCUUGUGGCUUUUAGUGCUUAUACACUUGGGUUUUGCUCAUACUGCUGAAGGAAGGGGCCAUUUUGUGUCUUUAUCAAAGGAGAAUAUCUCUGCAUGCUAUGAAAACUUCACCCAGGAGCAGUUAGAAGUGCUGGUGCCGUUACGCCUGGAGAUGGCACUGCUGCUCUUCCUGGUGCCACUUGUGUUGUCAGCAUUCUGCACACUGCGCUGCCUUGUGCUUGUCAGACACUCAGCUUUGCCCUCUGUUGGGAAAAGAAGGGUGUUAGCCAUUGCACUCUCCACUUUAGUAGUAUUUGUGGUAUGUUAUUUGCCCUACAAUGUUUCCCACGUGGUGGGCUUUGUCUUGAACACUAAUGUGGAGUGGAGAAGUGAAGCCAUGCUUUCCUGCUCCUGCAAUGUAUUUCUUGAGCCUGUGGUCAUGUUGAUGAUUUCACCAUGGACGCCGAGGGAUUUGGUGGACAGAUUGUGCCGCAAAUAAAAGAACAUAUCAUAAGUCCAGGCAUCAGAAUCACUGCAACAGGGCUUCCAGGAACCAUCAAACCACAAGCUGCAUCAAUAAUAAGCCAUAGUGAAUCUAAAGAUGACAGAGCAAAAGCAAACUCAGCAGACUCGUCCAUAAAAGUGACCUGAUGGAAAUAAAUGAGAUGCUGAAAUUGAAAGAUUUAUUUGUAAUUUUUUUUUACUUUUCAGUGUUAAGUCACUCAAAC